AUGAUUUCCCGUCAAGUUAAUUGUCUCAUCAUAAUGGUCACCUCAAUAUGGUUUCUCGGUCUUUCUUCAGCAGCCAAUAGCAGAGUAGCCAGCAUCCAGUUUUGUCCACUUGAUCCCAAAAGUUCUAUCGAAUCAGAAUUAGAAGAUCUGUUUAGUGAAGUCAACAGGAUGGAUGCGUAUGUUAGAGAUUUUGAAAAACCUAAACAAUCUUCGGAAUCUUUGUUUGAUGUGGCAUAUAAAGCGAUAUGCUCAGAACUUAAACAGAACGCUAGUCGACUUCGACUUCUUGAGAAAGCAGGACCAAAGUCAAAGCCAGCGUAUGACAAGAUUAAACCUCUCAUUGAUCAAAUCUUGAUACACUUACAGAACUUCAUCAUAGACCCAUCUGCCGCCGUUAAAAAUGCACCAGAGUUAUCCAAAACUAUCACAGCUAUAAGAGCAAAAGCUAAGCCUCGUAAGAAAUUUUCAACUCGAGUUGAGAUUUUGAAAAAAAAAAUUGAAACUCAGGUGGCUGAUUCAUUCUCAAAAAAUGCGUAUACAGUCAAUGCUGAAUUGAGGAAAAAUGCAGGUGGUCAAUAA